AUGUUCGCAACAGUACGAAGGUCAACAGCCGUCAAGACGCUCUAUCAGAACGUGCUGAAGGAGGCGCGAAGCUCGGCAAAGGACGGACCACUGGUAGCAUACCUGCAGAAGGAGUACAAAGAUGCGGAGAGAGGGACACUGACAGACUCAACCAAGCCAGGAAGUGACGACUACGCUCCCUUCGUCGCACCAAAGAAGUCACCAGCACAACUGCGCAAGCAGACCCUCGAGAACCUUCACAUCUUCCUUCAAAACAAGACGUUGCAUGCCGAGCUCCUCCAACGAUACAACCCAACAUCAGACCUGACGGAAGAAGAGCGUGUCCGCCUCACAGCCCGCCGAGUCGGCCUCGACGUGCCCAUCACCCACGACGGCUCUGCGAAAGCCAACACCGACUACAAAGAAAGCGCACAGAUUGCACAGGACCAGUACAAGCAGGAUCAGGACAACCGCGAGGAUCAGCUGUAUUCCGGAAAGGGGGACGGUCACAAUGUCGGUGGGCCCCUACGACCGCCUGUUGCGAAAGAGUAA